AUGAUCGGAGUCGCCAUUGACGCUGUUCGCCAAAUUGAUAAAAACGGGUUCAUUGUGGAAAAUCUAACACAGCUUGCUUCCAGUGGAAUGGCACUUGCAGGAGUCGAUCAGGCAGCAAUUGAUUUUGUUCAAAAGUUGCCAGAACGUGUGAAAGAUGCAGAAGCUUUACUCAGUGGUGAUUUAGAUAGAAUAUUGGAACGAGGUGCUUUGGCUGGUCUUCCUGUUGGUGCUGUUCAACAGAUUGUUAAAAAUGGAUUCACUGUAGAAAGUGUAACACAACUUGCCAUGAAUGGAAUGAAAAUGGCAGGAGUGGAUCAAAAGACCAUUAAUCUAGUGCAACAGUUACCAGAACGGAUCAAGGACGCGCAAGCGUUGAUGAGCGGUGAUCUAGAUAGAAUAUUGGAAAGAGGAAUGUUGGCUGGCUUGCCUAUUCAAGCUGUUCAAGAUAUUAGAAGAAAUGGCUUUUCUGCAAAUACCAUCACUCGACUCGUCGCUGAUGGAAUGACACUUCAGGGUAUCGAUAAAAAGACAAUCGACUUGGUUAAACAACUACCCGAACGAAUUCAAGAUGCUGAAGCUUUGCUUAGCGGUGAUAUAAAUAGAAUAUUGGAAAGAGGCAAAUUAGCCGAUCUUCCUCUCAAUGCUAUUCAACAGAUUGCUACGCAAGGCUUUUCUGAAGAAACUGUGGCGAAACUUGCCGCUGAUGGCAUGUUUAUUGCAGGUGUGGAUCAGAAUACGAUUGAUUUUGUUAAAAAACUACCGGAACGAGUUCGUGAUUUACAGGCUAUAGCAAAUGGUGACCCGUCAGUUAUGUUAGAAUAUGCUGAGUCAAUGGGCCUUCCUGUCGAUGCAGUUAGGCUGAUUGUCAACAAGGGUUUUUCCGCAGACAUGGUCACACAGCUGGCUCUAGAAAGUAUGACUAUGGCAGGUAUCGACUCAAAUAAAAUAAAUUUCGUUAAAAAACUACCAGAACAAAUUAAGGAUGCGCAAGCACUGCUGAGUGACAAUAUAGAUCAAAUAUGUAAGCGUGGUAUGUUAGGAGACCUGCCUGUCAAUAAUGCUCGCCAAAUUUUUGAACAUGGAGUUUCUCCAGAAACUGUUAGUCAAUUCAUUGGCAGUGGAAUGAGUUUGUCAGGCGUUAAUCAAAACAUGAUUGACUUAGUCAAACAGCUUCCAGAACGAAUGAAACAUGCACAAGCAUUACUCAGCGGUGAUAUUAAUACAAUGCUCGAACGUGGUAUGUCAGCUGGUCUUCCACUCAAUACUGUUCAACAGAUUGUCAAGCAAGGCUUUUCUCCCGAAACAGUAACACAAAUUGCUCUAGAGGGCAUGACUUUGGCUGGUGUCGAUCAGAAACAAGUAGAAUUCGUGAAAAGAAUACCUGAAAAAGUCCAAGGUGCUCAAGCAUUGAUCGAUGGUGAUCUAAAUGAAUUAUUAAUACGAAAUAUGUUUGGUGGCGUAUCUAUUGAUACUCUGCGCGAGUUGGCUUCACAAAAUAACUCGGUAGAAAUCGUCAAACAAAUCGCUCUCACAGGAAUGGCGAUCGCAGAUAUCGAUGAGAAUGCGCUGAACUUUGUUAAAAAGAUUCCAGAAAAUAUUAAAAAUAUGGAAAGAUUUCUUAAUGGAGAUUUGGAUCAAUUAUUCAGUAAAAACAUGUCAGGCAGUAUUAAUCAACUAUUGGGAAUGUUCAAUGAGAACUCAUUGUUCAGCGGUAAAGAAAAAGAGAUAUUUCAACUUGUUCAUCGUCAAAUGUCUAUGGUAGAAAACAUGUUUAAUGGUGAUGGUAAAGCUGUUCUUUCGAAUGCUUUGAAUACAUUGAAUAGACAAGUCGGUAGUCUACCAGUAGGAGAGUUACUAGAAGUUGCUCUACCAAGUGCUCUUCAGCGUGUAGCCGAUCGUGAGCAAGAAGCUAUUCAUAACCUAUACAAAUCAGUCUUAGAUCAACUCAAAUCUAUUAAUGGCGGCUUCAACGAACAGAAAAUUCAAGUAAUUCAACAGAUUCUACAAUCUUCUAACAGAUGGAAUACAUUCGAAAGGAAAAAAACAUCAAUUGGAUGA